UUGUGCUGACGGCUCCGCAAACGCCGGCGCGGGGGCCCGGCCCGCGCGGCGCUAUAAAAGCAGAGCCGCUGAAGUCGGCAAACAUUACAUGGACGAAGCAGCAGUACAGCCUGAGCUAGACACCUUCCCAGCAGCAAAGAUGGCUCAGACAAACCCUCUGCCUGUCCCCAUGGGCCCCUGGAAGAUCACCGUGUAUGACCAAGAAAACUUCCAGGGCAAGAGGAUGGAGUUCACUUCAGCCUGUCCAAACAUCAUGGAGUGCAGCUUCGACAACAUCCGCUCCCUGAAGGUGGAAAGUGGCGCCUGGGUUGGUUACGAGCACACCGGCUUCUGCGGGCAGCAGUUCACUCUGGAGAGGGGCGAGUACCCCCGCUGGGAUGCCUGGAGCGGCAGCAACGCCUACCACAUUGAGCGCCUGAUGUCCUUCCGCCCCAUCUGCUCUGCUAAUCAUAAGGAAUCCAAGAUCACUGUCUUUGAGAAAGACAACUUCAUCGGCCGCCAGUGGGAGCUAAGUGAUGACUACCCCUCGCUGCAGGCCAUGGGCUGGGCCAAUAACGAAGUGGGCUCCAUGAAGAUCCAGUGUGGCGCCUGGGUUUGCUACCAGUAUCCUGGGUACCGUGGUUACCAGUAUGUCCUGGAGGCUGACCACCACGGAGGAGAUUACAAGCACUGGAGAGAGUGGGGUUCACACGCCCAGACAUGCCAGAUCCAAUCCAUCAGGCGCAUCCAGCAGUAGCUGCCCAAGCGCCUGGCUCCCCACUUUCGAGUACAUCUUUGCAAGGUUUCUAAAGCUCACCGGCUCCCUUUUGGUGCUAAUACUCCCCUCCUGAAAUAACAACCCCUUUCUUGUACUGCAACUGCUUAUGGAACAACACUCCUAAAUGGUACCAACUGCCACAAUUGCCAAUAAA